AUGGCCGAUCAAGAAACCAACAAUCCCGAAUCCCAGACUCCUACUACUACACCCAACAAGCCGAAGCGUGCGCCUCCCAAGCUGGGCAAGAAGAAUACUCCCACCAAGCAAGAGCAGACCCCACCGCCGUCCGAUCAGCAGGACGAAGAACCCGCGUCUGACGCUGAGAAUCACGACAACGAGGAGCCCGUCCAGCAAGAGCCAGACUCGGAUCACGAAGACAACGAAGACCAGGCCGAAGAACAACCUGAACCUCAACCCCAACAAGAACCAGAAGACCAACGCAUCAACCGCCGUCGCCGCCGCCCGCGUCCCCGUCCCCAAGAAUCAGACGUCGAAUCCGUCAAGCGCAGCGACAUGGACGGCCAGCCGCAACAACGCCAGCGCACUCGCCGCACCCGCCAGGCCCAGCAGCAGCAGGGGGAGGGCCAAUCCGACGGCGGUCCACUCGGUGGACUCGGCGGCGUGGACCAGGCCGGCCAACUGGUGCAGAACACAGCUGGUAAUGCCUUGAACGGGGUGACUGGCAGCGCGGGCAAGGCCGUUGGUGGUAUACUAGGUGGUGGACAGAAGGACGACAAGGAGGAGGAUGGUGGACGCGAUGAGCAGUUGCGUCUCCGGUUGGACCUGAACUUGGAUAUUGAGAUUCAGUUGAAGGCUAAGAUCCAUGGUGAUCUUACGCUAGGGUUGCUGUUAGUACUGCCCUUUCUUUCUCCAUACCCUCCCUCCCCUGUCACCGUAUAUUCUGGACAAUACCCUCUUAUCAUUCUAAUCUCUGCUUGCUGGAAUUUCACUGACUGA